AAAGGAGGAGGGUGCUGCCGCCGGCGGUGCUGAUGCUGGCGAUCGGCGCCCGGGUGUGAGGCGAGCGUCAUGGUGGAGAUGCUGGGUUCGCGGCGCUGAGAGAGCGAGCGAGAACGAGCGCCAGCCCGGGGCGGAGGACGCACGAAUUCGGAUCUUGCUGCUGUGUGGGCUCGGAUCUCUUUCUCUCCCCCACCCCACCCCCGUUUGGUCUGGGUUUGCAUCUUUAAAACCUUUCUCCACUCUGUCCUCUCCCCGACCACUGGAAGUCUUCGCGUCUCUAAAUGGAAUUAGUGGAGAUCGGAGCCUCUGGUGUAACGAACAGACAUGAUCUAUGGACGCAGUUUGUUUCACAUUGUAGCAAGUUUAAUCAUCCUCCAUCUCUCUGGGGCAACCAAGAAAGGAACAGACAAGCAAACCACCUCAGAAACACAAAAGUCUGUGCAGUGUGGAACUUGGACAAAACAUGCAGAGGGGGGUAUCUUCACUUCUCCGAACUAUCCCAGCAAGUACCCCCCUGACCGCGAGUGCAUCUACAUCAUAGAAGCUGCCCCAAGACAGUGCAUUGAACUUUACUUUGAUGAAAAGUACUCUAUUGAACCGUCUUGGGAGUGCAAAUUUGAUCAUAUUGAAGUUCGAGAUGGACCUUUUGGAUUUUCUCCAAUAAUUGGACGUUUUUGCGGACAGCAAAAUCCACCUGUAAUAAAAUCCAGUGGAAGAUUUCUUUGGAUUAAAUUUUUUGCUGAUGGAGAGCUGGAAUCUAUGGGAUUUUCAGCUCGAUACAAUUUCACACCUGAUCCUGACUUUAAGGACCUUGGAGUUUUGAAACCAUUACCAGCUCCAUUUUUGUAUGUUUGUUUGGCAUUUUGUUAUUUAGUGUGUGAGUUUGAGAUGGGCGGUCCUGAAGGCAUUGUGGAGUCUAUACAAAUUAUGAAGGAAGGCAAAGCUUCUGCUAGUGAGGCCGUUGAUUGCAAGUGGUACAUCCGCGCUCCUCCACGAUCCAAGAUCUACUUGCGGUUUUUGGACUAUGAGAUGCAGAAUUCAAAUGAAUGCAAAAGGAAUUUCGUGGCCGUGUAUGAUGGUAGCAGCUCUGUGGAGGAUCUGAAGGCCAAAUUCUGUAGCACCGUGGCCAAUGACGUCAUGCUCCGCACGGGCCUGGGGGUCAUCCGCAUGUGGGCAGAUGAGGGCAGUCGGAACAGCCGAUUUCAGAUGCUCUUCACAUCCUUUCAAGAACCUCCCUGUGAAGGCAAUACAUUCUUCUGCCACAGUAACAUGUGUAUUAACAAUACCUUGGUGUGCAAUGGACUCCAGAACUGCGUGUACCCUUGGGAUGAAAAUCAUUGUAAAGAGAAGAGGAAAGCCAGCCUGCUGGACCAGCUGACCAACACCAGUGGGACUGUCAUUGGCGUGACUUCCUGCAUUGUGAUCAUCCUUAUUAUCAUUUCUGUCAUUGUGCAGAUCAAACAGCCUCGUAAAAAAUAUGUUCAAAGGAAAUCGGACUUUGACCAGACAGUUUUCCAGGAGGUGUUUGAACCUCCUCAUUAUGAGUUAUGCACCCUCAGAGGGACAGGAGCUACAGCUGACUUUGCAGAUGUGGCCGAUGACUUUGAAAACUACCAUAAACUGAGGAGGUCCUCUUCCAAAUGCAUUCAUGACCAUCACUGUGGAUCACAGCUGUCCAGUGCGAAAGGCAGCCGCAGCAACCUCAGCACAAGAGACGCGUCUGUCUUGACCGAGAUGCCCCCACAGCCCGUUAAACCUCUCAUCCCGCCCAUGAACAGAAGAAAUAUCCUCGUCAUGAAACACAACUACUCCCAAGAUGCUGCAGAUGCCUGUGACAUAGACGAGAUUGAGGAGGUGCCCACCACGAGUCACAGGCUGUCACGACACGACAAAGCCGCCCAGCGGUUCUGCCUCAUUGGGUCUCUAAGCAAACAUGAAUCUGAAUACAACACAACUAGGGUCUAAAAAGAAAAUUCAAGUUAAUCUCUUCAAAACUCUUCAAACUUAUCAACUAUCCUUGAAUUAGGUGAAUGCAUUUCCAUGCUCUAUAUUACCUUGAUAAAUUGGUGUAUUUGUAUGCAUAUUUCACUGGGAGAAAAUGUUUUAACUGUGUUUUAUUUUCAGAGAAGAACUAUUUAUACAAACAUGGGGACUGUGAAAAGGAAAUUCUGUAGUGAAUUGUGAAAAGUGGACAUAUUUCUAAAUUCAUUCCACUGCCUUUAUCCAAACUUAAGAAUUACAGACAUUUGUUAUUCCUUCGGCAAGACAUCCCGCUGCACAAUGAUAUGUUCAUUUCGUAAUUUGGUUGCUGGCCACCAAGUGCUCCUUAGUUUUUAAAUACAUUUUGAGAUUUACUGGAAACUUGAAGAAGAAAUUAGUUCCUGAUUAAGACUAUCCCAACUUUAUUUUUACUAUCAGUUUCACUUUGUUUCUAUGUUGUUUUAUGUCUUUGUUAGAUAAUUGUACAUUGUGUGAUAUGUGAAAAAAACACGAUUUUAGAUGAACUUUAUGUUACCUGUACAUUGUUUUCAUUAUAUAGACUGCUUGAGAAUAGUGCGUUCCUGAGUGAUUUUGAACAUGCUACAGUGAAAAGUGAAAAUAUGGACCAUGGAAACACCAGCUAGAGGUUUUAUGGACUACAAACAUCUGUUAUUUAUUACGAUUAAAUGCAACCAAAAGUAAUGAGUAAAAUUACUAGUUGCAAUAAGAAAAAUCUCAUUUUUUGGUCUUUCCUAUAUACCCUCAUUUCCAUUUUUUUUUUUUUUUUGGUAUCAAAGGAAGAUACUGAGUUUCAGAAAUAGUUUUGAAAUCAUACCCUUCAUUAGAAAUGAUUUUUGAUUAAGCACUUAGCAAUAUGAUUGAUUGACAGUUUGAGAAAAUACCCUGCAUGUCAGUACUGGAUAUUUGAGUUGGGAAAAUAUCCUUUUUAUUAGACACAUUGUAAAAAGCAUGCAUUCUCCAAUACUGCUGUUACUCUUUCAUUUCCUUGUGUCAUAUGCUUGCUACUUGUAACUUUUUAUAUAAAGAUAUAUAAAAUGUGUAAUAAUUUCCUAACUUGAGUUAAGAGAAAUGUUUUCUUCUAUGACAGUGAUAAAAACUGACUUAAGUACACACAUUUCGUCAACUCUUUCCACCUUCUAGGCUGCAGGAUGUCCUUUAAUUUUAAGGCAUACUUCUUCAAAAUGUGAUUUCCAAAACUUUAUGAAAGAUGUUCUCCUUUCAGAAUAGGAAAAUAUUUCUUUUUCUUUUUCUUCUUCUUUUUUCCUUUAAUUGCCAUACCCACAGCGUAUGGAAGUUCCUGGGCCAGGGAUUGAAUCCACGCCACAGCUAAUCCUACGCCAUAGCUUGACAAUCCCAGAUCCUUUAACCCACUGCGCUGGGCUAGGGAUAAAACCCACACCUCUGCAGCGACCUGAGCUGCUGCAAUGGGAUUAUUAACCCUCUGCGUGAUGGCAAGAACUCCAGGAAAGUCUUUUUUAAGUGCUUUAAAAUCACAAGCCCUUUUAUGACCCAAAUUACAUAAUUCUGAGUUGUGUUUAUACUCAGGCACACACGUUUCCUAAAUGCUUACUAGUUAUGGUGUGUUUAGCAUAAAUAAAGGAAAAUAACAUUAUAAUGUGUUUAAUUGCUGUGGAAUUAUAUACAUACUCUAUAAAGUUUGAUUCAGUGAGUGGGUACUUUUAAAAUAUUGAAUGUACGUUCCUAGAAAAUAAUUGUAAAAAACCAGAUCACUAUAAAUCUGCUUCCCAGCAUUUCCCAAACUGCUGAAUUCUACAGAAUUUUGUCCUCCAAAUAGCAAAGCCAUCUGGUCUAUCAAAAUUUGAACCUGGUAAAUCUAACAAGCUCUACAGGCCCAAGAGAUGGAUUACUCCCAUACACCCCUGUUAGGAAUUCAACUUCACAUGUGCAACAAAAACAAAGGAGAAAGAAAAUAAAAUGUUAUAGAAAAGUGAAUCAGAGAAAUUCUGAAUAGUCUGUAUGGAAAAAAUGUCAGUCUACAGAAAUAAUAACUUCCAUGAAUCUGAUAAACUAGUGAAUAGAAAAAAUAUAUUGAACAUUAUAAAGAUAAUUUUUAUUGUUUUGCCACAUAUUUAAUAUGAUAAACAUAAUAACAUAUAACGUAUUAAUCAUGUUAAAACUUUGCCCUUUUUUUGACUUGACUGAGUCAUUUAUUCCCAUGCCUAUUUUCAUGCCCUUUAUUUCAAAGUUAAUGCAUCCAGAGAUUCAUUUAAAGUGAUUAGCCAUAUUUUACAUUACUGUCUCUAUUUUGAAAUCUUCAUAGGACCUUUUACACUUUGAAUGAUUAAUCUCAAAAAGUAUAAUGUCCAUGUGAACCACUUACUAUUCAUUGUCCUUUCAGCCCUUCCAUCUCUCCAGGUCUUCCUAAAUAUGCAAGAUACUUCUGAUCUGCUGGUUCACUGCUGAAAGGAUAUUUGCACCAGAAAUCUGGGACUUAAAAAAAAAAUUGAGGAGUUCCCAUCGUGGAGCAGUGGUUAACGAAUCCGACUAGGAACCAUGAAGUUGUGGGUUCGAUCUCUGGCCUUGCUCAGUGGGUUGAGGAUCUGGCGUUGCCGUGAGCUGUGGUGUAGGUUGCAGAUGCAGCUCGGAUCCCGAGUUGCUGUGGCUCUGGUGUAGGGCGGUGGCUACAGCUCCGAUUGGACCCCUAGCCUGGGAACCUCCAUAUGCCGCGGGAGCAGCCCUAGAAAAAGCAAAAAGACAAAAAAAAAAAAAAAAAAAAAUUGAACUACACUAAGUAUCAUGAUAAAGAUAGGUCACUUACAUUUAUUUAAUACACAACAGCUCCAUGGGAAAACAAAAGUAUUUCAAAGGAAGACUCGGCCUCCUCAGUGGUAAUACUGAAAAGAUAUAAUUAUGGAGCUUUGCCUCAUCGCAAAGAACAUAAUGAUGACUGAGCCAGGGACCUGGCCUUAAUUCUAGAUGCUGAAUCUUGGGAGUGUGGAGCUCCACAAUGCCUGGGAGUCGCCCUGAAUGAAGGUCAUUAAAAGCCAGUAUUGAAACCUAUCAACAUAUUAAAAAAUUCCUAUUUACUGGUUACAUCAGACCAUGUCACCUGAACAUCAACCUUUGGUUAUAUUCAGAUAAGGAGAUGCAUGUAGAUAAGAAAUGAGAUGUUUUAAAAUGUUCAAGACAUUUCAAAUUAAAUUAUUUUAAUAAAUAGUUAUAUUUUUUGAUAAAGUGAAUUCAAAUAUUACUUGCAUGAGUACUUUAUUAACCCCUUUAGAUGCUUUCUAAUAGUGUAAUUACACACCCCAUUAGUUAAUUUGAAAAUAGCUGUUUUUAUUUCAUUUCUCCAUGUUUGAAUUCACUUUCAAAACCUAGGAGGCAUAUCAUAAUUAUAUGCAGCACCUAUGAAACCCUGAAUUAAGCUUUUUACUUCUGCCCAAGUGCAUUUUAGUUGCCUGAUUCAAGAGUGGUGUGCUGAUUUGGAAAUACGAUUUUUUAUACUUGAUUUUAUACACAUGCCAAUUUUGUGCAUCAUAUUGGAAAACAGAUAUUUGCAAUGUUUGAUUUGCCAUAAUUAAAUUCCAUUUGAUUAUAUAAUUAAAAUGUGGCUAUAGACCUAAUUGUAAAUCAAUGUGUUUGGGCUUUUAAAAAGGAGAAAAAUCCACAUUGUGGAGAUAUUGGCUUUCCUGUUUUGCAUUAUUUUUUUUUCCACUAAAAUGAUUUCAAUGGGUCUGACUUCAUAAAUCAUUAUUCUUGAUGUUUAAUAGUUAGGUCUUUGACAUUUCUUGAAUAUUCACUUAACCUAUUGCAUCAACACUUUCUAUAUUUUUCUUUUAGAAAUUUGGGUUUUCCUCAAACUUGGGAGCAUUUUAAAAAUUCCACAUAUGCGUUUUCCUCAAACUGAGAAUAUCUUAAUGAAUAGCAAAAUGUGAUACUAGUUCCUGUUACUUUAAUUAAUGACAAAUAAUUUACUGAUCUUUUGUUAGCAAAAUAAGUAGUAGCAUUUUAUCUUAUUAUGAAAUUUGUAUAUUUUAAUGAUUAAAAUAAAUCCUGUCAGAUUCCCACUCUGGAAGGGGAUGAAAUAAAUAAAAUCAUUACAUUAUUAUGAAUCUAAAUGCAUAUGAUUUGAAAAGUGAGUUUUGGUUUUUUCCAGUGUCAAGCAAGUUAGCUUUUGUAUCAUGUCUACCUGUGCAUUCUUCCUUCCUUGGCUCAUUUCUUGGAUUGCCCUCAUGGCACAGAAGGUCCAUCGAGGAAAUUGUCAGAUAGAAAAAAUAAUAAAUAAGACAUGAAUUCAUUAUUAGCCUCCUAUCCAUUUAAUUAAUAAUUCCCAUUUCUUUCUUAAAGAUGGAAUAACAUAGAAUAAAAUAUAUUAUUAGAAUAGCCAGAGAUGUGCUUUUGGUUUUAUUUUCUUUUUGGCCGCCUCACGGCAUAUGGAGCUCCCCAGGCCAGGGAUGAGCUCCAAGCCACAGUUGCAGCCUAUGCUGAAACAAUGCUGGAUCCUUUAACCCACUGUGUUGGGCCGGGGAUUGAACCUCUGUCCUGGCACUGCAGAGAUGCCGCUAAUCCUGUUGCAUCACAGAGGAAACUUUGAGAGAUGUGUUUUUAUAAAUAAUCUUGUGAAAUAAAUCAGAGCCCUUUGUCAAUGUAGAAUUAUCCUGAUUAAUUUUAUUAAUGAAGUUGUUUAAAUUAUACCACAAAUUUCCUUAACUGAAUUAUAUCAUUCAAAAAAACCCAACAGUGUGAUAAAAAUAACAAAUCUAGUGACUUCUGUCAGGCACUCAUGGCAUCUCAUCUUUUUUAUUGUGGCCUCUGUUCUGCACCUCCUCAUGUGUUAUUAAAGAAGUAAAUGCCUUUUUAAUAUGCCUUUAAUUCUUCAGAGGUAGGAAUAAUAAACUCAGCCUGAAGACUUCACACUUACUAGGGCUGGUUUCCAGAAGGUUCUUACUCCUGUACCAGUAUGAUCAUAAUGUUAAACUGCUUCAAAUCCUUAAUUGUACAGUCAACAUCUGGUUUAUCCCCAGCUUCUACCACCUCUUCAAACUCUGAGGCAUGUCAUUUUACAUUGGUUUAUUCUUCCAAAAAAAAAAAUUGCCCUCCUUUUAAUAAUAACAGAUCUAGACACAAAAUGUAAAAGUAGCCAGAAUACGGAGUUCCCGUCGUGGCGCACUGGUUAACGAAUCCGACUAGGAACCAUGAGGUUGAGGGUUAGGUCCCUGCCCUUGCUCAGUGGGUUAACGAUCCAGCGUUGCCGUGAGCUGUGGUGUAGGUAGCAGACGCGGCUCGGGUCCCGAGUUGCUGUGGCUCUGGUGUAGGCUGGCGGCUACAGCUCCGAUUCGACCCCUAGCCUGGGAACCUCCAUAUGCUCGUGGGAGCGGCCCAAAGAAAUGGCAAAAAGACAAAAAAAAAAAAAAAAAAAAAAAAAAAGUAUCCAGAAUACAUAACAUAUAAAUUACUUAAAAGAAAGUCUUCCUUAUUAUCACAUUAUAAAAUUUGUGCUCUUUAUUUGCUUUCUCAUGAGUUAAGUUUAUAUCAAUACAGCCAGACUUUUUUGAGUCUAUACAAUCUAUAUAUCUAUAUAUUCUUCCCAAGUGCUUUGGGGAUGAAAAUAAAAGGUGGAAAACUAGUGGGGAACAUAACAAUGGAGCUUUAUAGAAGAAAAGAGCUCGACAAGGAAAAUGAUAUUUAAAAUUAUUUGCUGAGCUUUCCAUUUUGAAAAGCUAAUUACUUCCUGCUAAUCUUACAUGGAAGAUGAAAUAUAUUCAACUGUCAAGAGAAUAUAAUAUAGAUAAUGUUCUAUAAUAAAAAUGUUAGUAGCAUAGAUAUGGGAAUAAAAUGUAUUCUCAAGAAGAUCGAGAGAGGCUUAAUUAAUAGUUGUUCUACUCAGCAGGUCUUGAAGAUCGAAGACUGUUGUCAAAUAGUGGAGCAGGGAGAGAUUUCCACCUAGAAAAAUUGGAGCAGAGAGUAGGCUCCCAAAGCCAUGUAUUUGAGUUGGCUGGAGCAUAGGUGUCAACUGAAAGAAUAAUGGUCAAUAUAGUUGGAAGAGCAGGUUGGCCUUUUCAUCAUGAUUUCUAAAUGCCAUCCAAAGGACUUCGUUCUGGGGUGGGGGGCACACCCACGGCAUGCAGAUCAAACUGGGCCUGGGAUCAAACUGGAGCCACAGCAGUGACAACACCAAUCCUUAACUGCUAGGCCAUGGGGGAACUCCAGAACUUCACAUUUUAUUCCAAGGAAAAUUUCAAUGUCUCUUAGCAGAGUGUGGCUAAAAAAUUACUCUGACAGCAGUAUAUUUGCUAAAUGGAAUGAAACUAAAAUGAAUAAAGGAAAUCAAAACAAUACAGAAAAAAGAUAUUAGAAAAUAAUAACUGAUGGGUUGUUAGUCAGAAAUAUCAGUCUUACUGUCCAUUACUUUUCAACAAUUUUUUAAUUAUUUCAAGAUCAUGGUUGGGUAACUAGCCAAAAUACUGAGUGUUAUAUGCUGAACAUUAUUCUGAGGGUUUUCCAUGUAAAUAUUCCCUUUAGUGAUCUUAGUAAUUCUAUGACUAAUAAUAAUACUUGUUGUUAUGGUUGUUGCUGUUGUUGUUAUUCCAUUGUACAUAUGAGGAAACUGAAGAGAGUACUGGUCGCUUUUCUAAGAUUUCACAGUAAGGAUUGAUGAAUUCAGGUCCAAACUCGAGCUGACUAACCCCAGAGUCAGUCAGCAAUCCUCACCAAUGUGAAUACAACCUUUAAUAUUCAACAUAGUAUGUUUCAAUGAAAUAAGUUGGUAACUUAUUUGUAGAAACCUCAUAUGUUUGUGUUUUCUCAUAUGUAAAAAUAUGUAUUAUAGCAACUUCUCUACACUCUACAGCUUUUGAGGACCAAAUGACUAUGUGUUGGAAGAUCCUUUUUAUACCCUAUAAUACAUUAUAAAUAAAUCAUUUUUCCUAA